AUGGGGCUACUCACGAUCAUCAAGAAACAAAAGCUCAAGGAUAAGGAGAUCCGUGUGCUCAUGCUUGGUCUGGACAACUCGGGCAAGACGACGAUAGUCAAGAAGAUUCUCAACGAGGACGUGAACGAGGUGUCUCCGACGCUGGGCUUCAACAUCCGCACGGUGACAAGGGGCCAGUACAAGCUCAACAUCUGGGACAUUGGCGGCCAAAAGACUCUGCGACCUUUCUGGAGAAACUACUUUGAGAAGACGGACUUCAUGAUCUGGGUGGUAGACGCCAGUGCCACCGACCGACUCCACGAUUGCCGCAAAGAGCUGCAAGCGAUUCUCAACGAGGACCGACUGGUUGGAGCCGGAGUGCUCAUCUGGAUCAACAAGCUGGAUCUGGUGGACCCAGAUCAGCGGGACAAGACCGUUGAACGCAUCAGCGGCCAUCUGGACCUCGACCAGAUCCCCGAGGGCCACAACACCACCAUAAUGGGCUGCAGUGCGUACACGGGGUACAAUUUGGACGCAGGCAUGGAUCUGGUGGUGAAAGAGGUGUCUGAACGGUUGUUUUUGUUUGAUUAG